AUGUGUAGGGGUUGUCUCCCUAUCAUUCUUGGCGGUCUUACCUCACCUAUCCUUGCAAGGUGUGGGGAUUGCCUCCUCGGGUUGCUGAGCCCUGGAUGUUUAGGGGUUGUUCCCUUAUCAUUCUUGGCGGUCUUACCUCACCUAUCCUUGCAACAUCUGGGGAUUGCCUCCUCGGGGGUUGCUGAGCCCUGGAUGUGUAGGGGUUGUCUCCCUACCAUUCUUGGCGGUCUUACCUCACCUAUCCUUGCAACAUCUGGGGAUUGCCUCCUUGGGGGUUGCUGA